GAGUGCAGAUGGGAGAGGGGUGAGGCAAGGAGGGCGAGAAGGAGCAUGGCCCAGGCAGUGGCAGCAGCAGGAGUGGAUGACCUGCCCCCGCUGGGGUGGACUGGGCUGAGAAAAUGGGUGUCCUCCCAGAGGACUGCAAGGGGCAUGGGCCCCAGUGCAAGCGGGUUUUGGUUAUGGUGGGGGUGUUGUUGCGAGCAAAAUGCCCAGAACAAAGAGGACUUGUGUGAGUUGGAGCAGGUUCCGCGAGGAGGUGGCAAGCCAGAGUCUGGCUGGGACAGAGCUCCAGGCCUGAGCCCAAAGUGAUGGGGUUGGCAGAGAGCCCGGUCAGGCCCAAGGGGAUAGUGCCGCUGCUAGCCAUACCCAGCGCCGGGAGCUCCCAUGGGCUUCUUGGACCCCGAGGGACUAGAAACGGUCCAUGAAUCCACUUAAAGCACCUUAAAAUGUAGUGUUCUAAAAAUCUCAUAUUUUCCAGCCUUCCUAGCGGACUUAACUUUCAGCGUUUUUUGUUCCUUUCUAGCGUUAUUUUUUGCACACAGACAGGAGUUUUCAUCGGUAUGGUCAUGGCAUAAACAUGAGGGCUCCGCUGGUGCUGGCCUCAGCCCUGGCCUAUGCGUCCGUUUCCCAGCUGCUGCAGAUGGAUCUCUCAGAGUUCAGGAAGCCACCCGGGCACGAGGAGGAGGAGGAGGGUGACGAGGAAGAGGACAAGGCCCGUGUGACCCUGCUGGAUGCCGGGGACCUGGCACGGAGCUUCUUUACCCAGCUCUGGAAUGUGUGUAGCCAGUGGCAGAAACAGGUGCCAUCAGCUGCCAGUACUCCCCAGCGACAGUGGCUGGUCUCUGUCCACGCCAUCCGGAACACACGCCGCAAGAUGGAGGAUCGGCAUGUGUCAAUGCCGGCAUUCAACCAGCUCUUCGGCCUGUCUGACCCUGUAGACCGUGCCUACUUUGCUGUGUUUGACGGUCACGGAGGGGUGGAUGCUGCAAAGUUUGCUGCAACGCACGUGCACGCCAACGCUGCCCGCCAGCCAGGGCUGACCUUGGACCCUGCAGGUGCCCUCAGGGAAGCCUUCCGGCUCACCGACGAGAUGUUCCUCCGGAAAGCCAAGCGAGAGCGGCUGCAGAGUGGCACCACAGGUGUGUGUGCACUCAUCGCAGGAAGCACCCUGUACAUCGCCUGGCUUGGGGACUCCCAGGUCAUCCUGGUGCAGCAGGGAGAGGUGGUGAAGCUGAUGGAGCCCCACAGGCCCGAGCGACAGGACGAGAGGGAGCGCAUUGAAGCACUGGGUGGCUUUGUGUCCCACAUGGACUGCUGGCGAGUCAACGGGACCCUGGCCGUCUCCAGAGCCAUUGGGGAUGUUUUCCAGAAGCCCUACGUGUCCGGGGAGGCGGACACGACCUCGAGGGAGCUGACCGGCUCAGAGGACUACCUGCUGCUCGCCUGUGACGGCUUCUUUGACUUCGUGCCCCCCCAGGAGGUCACUGGCCUCGUCCAGAGCCACUUGGCCCGGCACCAAGGCUGUGGGCUUCGUGUUGCUGAGGAGCUGGUGGCUGCCGCCCGGGAACGGGGUUCCCGUGACAACAUCACCGUCCUGGUGGUCUUCCUCAGGGACCCCCAGGACCUGCUGGAGGACGGGCUCCGGGAGGUGAGGGAUUCGCCCUCUGACCUCUUGGAGCCUGAGACCAGCACAGCCCAGAGAAGCUAGGGGGCCUGAGCCCUGUCCCCCUGGCCCCACCCUGUGACUCUUCCCCUUGGUUGGUUUAGGAAAAGAGUGGGGAGGGAGCCGCCAUGCAGUGCAUUCCCCAGGACCCCCGCUGCUGGAGGCGCUUGCGUCAUGCCUGUCCCAGUGGCUGUGGAACUGCAUCACGUUUUGGGGGGCGCACCCCGCUUUCAGCGGCCAUGGGGUAGCCACCAAUCUCAAAAGAAAACCUAGGAAGAGAUCUCACCAAAGAGAAGCUGAGUGGCAAGUGGCUCCAUACUGUGCUCCCAGCUUCUAUCGAGGGCAGCAGGCACGUGGGGCCAUCCAGGCAGGGUGUCCAACACAGGUUUCUUGCGUGCACCCCCACCAUGGCCACGGCUGAGGGAGGGCUCUUUUGGCACAUAUGCCUGGUGGUGGCCUCUGGUUGGCUGUUCGUGCUGGCUUCCCAGAGAGGAGACAGUGUCCCCACUGGGAAGAGCGAGUGGCUUGCAGCAGCCUCGGGCCUACGGGGCCUCUGGUCCCCAUGCCUCCUCCGUAGUCAGCCUAGGAACCAGCGACAUGUGGGUGUCGUGUGUGUGUGUAUGUGUGUGUGUGUUGUCCAGGGGAAAGUCUUAACUCAGAAGCAGUAUUUCAGGUUUUGUCUUUGUCUGUGCCAAGGUGACCUGUCGUGUCAUAUAAUUUAAGCAGAACUCAGCAUUUAUUUUAUUCCUCAGAAAACUCAUGUAUUUACCUUUUUCUUUUUUUUACACUGUAUUUAGGGGAAACUUUUUUGCAGUGUUACCGAACUUUUUUUUUCUAAAUCAGGAUCGAAACAAACCUUUUCCAGGUGGUGUUGAUAAGCCACUCAAGUGCCUUAAACAGCUUCCGGUGGGGCUGAGACUGCUGGUCUGGUGGGUUCCAGUCGGCCUGGUUAGGUUUUUACAGCAGCAGGACUCCUGUUGUAGUGCGUGGUUUUAGCCAGGAUUCUUUACGGUGGAGUUCCUUCUGCCUCUUUGCGAUACACCAUGGUGGUUAGCCGACAGGCCAGAUGCCCGCAAGUGCAGUCCUGAGUGGCUGGCAGGAGCCAGCGCUGUCACAGGAGGCAGGGAAUGUGGGUUUCUGGGGUGACCGCGGCCCCCUUCGGCCCCCCAAACUCUCUUGGCCCUACUGCUUGUGUCCCCGGCUGGACCCCAGGCAGAAGGACCAAGUUCUGUGAGGGGGGCUGCUCUAGGUUUCUCCCACAGCUGUUUGACUGGAACGUUCCAGAAUUUCUUACAUCACCGUGGUUGGUUUCAUUGGGAAAUACGGCUUAGGAUACUCUAGCAAGCCAGGGUCCAGCCUGUGGGCCUCUGGCUCUGUGUGGAGGUGGCACAGAUGCCGCUGAGGGUCCUGGCAGCUCCGGUGGGUUCUGGUUCCCAGUUGUUGCCCGACCCCUGGGCUGCAGCCCCUCAUUUCUCCCUGGGGGCUGGCAGCCGUCCUGCCUUGCUCUGCCCCAUAGCUGACCAGCACAGGACAUGCCCUGACAUUUUCGUAGCUUCUACCUUUCACCAGCUGUGAAGAAACCUCAUGUUUCCUAGUGCACCCUAGUAUCCGACGAGGUCGGGGUGACUCGGGAAGCACACAGAGUGAAUAGGAUGUACAUGCAGUCAGCAAGUGGCUAUGCAAGGGCUCCAGGGAGGUCUCAGAGGCUACCAGAGGGACAGGUGGCUCUGGGAGAGGACUCAGCGGUGGGCAGGGCUGGGAUGUGCAGAGUGACUUAGCUGAUGCUUCGGGAGUGUUAGGGGAGGGGAGGCUAGAACACCUUGGAGGCAUUUGGAGUGCACCCCUAGACAGUGAGGCCAAGGCAGGCUAUGCAGGGAUACUGGUCCCAGCUGCCCCUGAGGGACCCCCGGAGAGGAGGCGGCCAAAGUGGGAGGCUUCACCCAGCUUCCAGGAAGGUGAACAAGGUCUUUGAGAGCCUCUCGUGCCAGGUGGGGGGCAUUCGCUCCUCGUUCCUGUCAGGCUGACAGAGUGGGCCUGACCACUGAAUGCCUUGCCCAAGGGCUCAUGAUAACAGUACCUUCAACGUAGAUCCAGUUAGCUUGGAGAAUGCCUGACCACCUGGACCAGCAAGGCACUGCUUGGCCUAACUUGGCCCCACUGCCUUCUGGGGCUAGAAGCCAGGGCUCCAUGUCCUCUCGCAGCACAGUGCUGGGCCAGGCAUGGUGACGAAGCUCCGUCCCCACCAGCCAGCUUGUCUGCUGAUGGGCGUGACCUUGACUGGGGAGCAGUCAGGCUUCUGCUUUUCUCUCUUAGCUCAUCAUGUUCCUUGUAUUGCUGCCACAGUGGAGUUGCACCCCGGGGAGGUUUGAAUCACACCACUCAGAGAAGAUGUGGUUUGGUUCACGCCCUGGCCCAAGGAUCUAUCAGGAAAUGGCCUCAGCCAGACAGGGAAGCCCCUUGUCCAGGCACCAUGGGGAGGUGGUGGCCAGCUUGGCAGAGGCCUUCUGCUGCCCUUGCCUUGGGGUGGGGGUGGGUAUUUUCUCCCUCUGCAGGGGCUGGCCUUUCCCAUUUCAGCCUGGGGGUGGGUGGAAGCCAGGUGUUUUCAGGGCCACUUCCUCUUACUGUAGUCCAGGCCCUCCAGGCCACGGAUAUCUUACUGUAGGAGCUGAGCCAUGGGUGCGCCUCUCUAGGCCUGAGUUUCCCCUUUGUAAGACUUGGAGGUCACAGAGUCUGCAGCAGCUGCACCUCCUAGAAUUCCAGAGGUGCAGAGGCCACUGGGGCAGAGCCUGGGGGUGUUCCCUCCCCCACCCCAAGCAGGGAGGGAUGAUUAAGUAUUAGUGUCUAUUCUUAAAGUUCAGUGGGUUGGAGAAGCUACAGAUGCCAGCACCUUAUAUGGAAUACAAAAGCUGGAGAAACAGGGCCCUGCUCUUAAAAGUACAGCUGAUUCCAGAGAGUGAAGGCUGCAGGAGUGGGAGGUGUGGGCAGCCAGCAGGGGUGAGGCUGGGGGGGCAGGCCUGCGGGGUGCCUAUGGGGCAGGGCUCUGCUGGAAGGCUGUUCUAGUUAAGCUUCCUAACCUCCAGGAAGCUGGAGUCAGAUGCAGGCCCCAGCCUAGAACUAGGAAAUAGGGCUGUCUCGAAGGGGGCAGAGCGGUCUUGUAUGGGCUCCACGAGGUCUUGUCCGCCUUGGGAAGCAGCCUCAAAACACUGGCUCCAGUUCUUGCCCCCUCCCCUGCAGUGUAUGGGGCAUCCCGGCUACCAGGAGCCCAGUGGAAGCAAAUGGGCCUGUGUAGUCCGCUCUACUUUUCGUUUGAUUUUGUCUCUGAAGCCAAAGUGGGGCUGUGAGGGGGUGGGUCUCAGAGUUUUCACCUCUCCUCUGCAGCACCCUUCCACACCACACCCUGAGCUUUGCCAAACAUGCCGAGCUUUGCCAAUCCAUGCCCCGGCAGCUGUGCCGGUUUUUCUGUGCCAUUUCAGUGGGUUUCCUAGGAGCUGUGUUCCCAUUUUCAGGGACAGGUUGGUCCACAGGAGAUAGGCAGCCACCUCCCAGGAGGCCCACUGUGCUGAGUGUUAAUAAACUGAAUUCAAAAACCCUG